AUGGAUUCCGUAUCAAGUGUAGCUCAUGAUAAAACAUUUUUGUCCACUGCACAUAAAACAUCACUACUGGGUUGUGGCGUACUUGGCAUUUCACAGAAAACCUUGCGAAAUACUAGUGACAGUCCAUGGUCGUUUAACAACUCACAGCUUAAUCCUUUGCAGUCUGCAUCACGACAUUCUACGACAUUUUCAGCAACACAUACACGACGUAUAAAAGAGUCUGAUAUUAGUCCAAGUACUCGAGGACUACUAAAAAGUAUAAUGCGGUCUUCAAAACUUACCUAUGCUCAGCAGAGGCAUUUAGAUAGUCUGGUUAGCGAUAGAGGAUCGUUGCCUUCAUAUCCAAGCAAUAGUAUGCAUUCUCGUGGAGGUGUUGCAUCUCCACCUAGACUGAAUUUUGGUAUGGAAGUGGCUUCGGAUCGCGAGAGGCGGACAGUUGCUCGCGCAGCUGAAUUGUCAGAGUGGAUGUCUAAACCAGGUAUCCGCACUUUAACCCAAAUCAAACAGUCGGGAAUGUACAAGCAAGAGUCAUUUCGAACCACUCCAAUGAAGGAUAUGAGUGUUCAAAAAGAGGUAUUUCAAGAUCGAUUGGAAGGAAUCGAUCGACCUAAAGACUCCUUGGCAAAGCAAUCGCGAAGGCAAGCUGGUGGGGCAAACAUGCCUGCUCCAAACCAAUUUGUGUGUUUAGAUUCAGAGCCAAUCGACGAGUUUGAUAUGAUUCAAGGUGAAAUUCAUGAGCGACGACAAUGGAUAGACGAUAUGAUUGCUCUCGGAAGAGGUGACCAAUAUAAGCGUCAAAUUCAAAGCGAAAUUGCUCAGAGAAUUGCAAGGCUUGAGCGGAUUCAUAAAGAAAAGGCAAAAAGCAGCGGAUUGUGAUGGAAUAUUUAACAAACCAAUCUCUUUCAAAACUCUCAUAUAGUGAUUUAGUAUAUCGAGUUUAAUUUUAAAAGACAAGGCUAAAGCUAUGUUGCCAUAACAAGUGGUGAUAUAAAAGUGAAGGCAGAUGCACGGUUCCAUCAUUUAAUUAAAUGAAUUAGCAAUUUUUUGGUUA